AUUUCAGAAGACAAGUGAUGUCCUUAUAACAUAAACCCUAGACAACUCAACCCUCCCUCUUGCGCUUCUUUCUUCCUGAUAGAACCGCCAUUGCUGCUGCGCCUCCAUCUUCUCCUCGCCACCCCAGUUGCGCAAUGCAGUCGAACGAGGCACCUUCUACCAUGGAAGUUGAAGCUUCCCCAUCUGAACCCAAAGUUCUGCCACCGAAGCCGUUGUUUGAGCCUUUGAAGCCUCAUGAGAUGUCGGAUGGGCAGGUUCAGUUCCGCAAGGUGUCUGUUCCGCCUCAUCGUUAUACGCCUCUCAAGAAAGCCUGGAUGGAUCUCUACACUCCGAUAUAUGAACAGAUGAAGAUCGAUGUCCGUAUGAAUCUGAAGGCUAGAAAAGUUGAGUUGAAAACAAGGCGUGAUACACCUGAUAUUAGUAACCUGCAAAAAUGUGCUGAUUUCGUCCAUGCUUUCAUGUUGGGAUUUGAUGUCAUCGAUGCCAUUGCACUUUUGCGUUUGGAUGAGCUCUAUAUUGAGUCUUUUGAGAUCAAGGAUGUUAAAACACUUCGUGGUGAUCACUUGUCCCGUGCUAUUGGAAGACUAUCCGGCAAAGGUGGUAAAACAAAGUUUGCAAUUGAGAAUGCAUCCAAGACAAGAAUCGUGAUUGCUGACUCCAAAAUUCAUAUACUGGGAUCUUUUGCCAACAUCAAGAUUGCCAGGGAUUCUCUUUGUAGCCUAAUUAUGGGAUCACCUGCAGGAAAGGUAUACUCCAAGCUAAGAGCAGUUACUUCUAGACUGGCAGAAAGGUUUUGAUCUUCUAUUAAUCAUGGCAUUUUAGGAACUUUCUUUCUGGUUCCAUAGAAAUUUCUAUAAUCUCUCUGUUAUCAAGUGUGAUGAUGAGUUAUUGUGGGGAAGUUGUUUCAUUUGAUUUAAUUAAGCUAUUUGUUGUACUCAAAUCAAAAGUUAUGGAUGUAACAGCGUUGCUGUGAAGUUUUGCCUGUGACAUUGAUAAUUAUUAUAGAGAGUUUAUAUACA